AUGCUAACUGCUGAACAUGAUUCUGAACUAGAUGGAAGUUCUGUGAGAGAUGAUGAACUACCAGAUUUUGGAAAGAUCAAUGACACCAUAAUCAUGGAUCGUGGUGAAAAACGUGUACUAGAUGAAGGUAGCGACAGUUCUUUGGGAAACAAAAAACUCCGAGAAUCGCCUCCCUUCAAAGAUGCUGGAUCUGAUGCUGGUUUAAGCCUUUUGGAUCCUCUAGUUAAGAGGUCGGUUGUCAAGGAUGUAAUGACAUCACAAGAUCGGGGUCGGGUUAGUGUUUGGCCAUUGGAUGUUACUUCAUACCGUAAAAGCGACAAUGAACCAGACACGGGGCAUACAGAAGAGAAACAACUUUUACCAAGCUCAUUUAAGACUUUAGAUGUGAUAGUGGACCUUCUCUUUCAUUUUAUUUGA